AUGCAGUUCUCCAUUGCCGCCAUCCUCGCCCUGGCCUCCGCUGCCAUUGCCGCUCCCACCGCCGCCGGACACCACGAAGGCAAGUGGCACCAUUACUGCACCGACAGCCUUUUGAACGUCGAUCUCGAUAUCGAUCUCGAUCUCGAUGUCAAUGUCCUCGGACUCCUUCGCCUUGACCUCGAUCUUGAUGUUGAUCUUGACAUCGAGAUCCUCAGACGCAAGCACCCCAACUGCAAGGCCAUCUACCGCUGCCCUACCACUUGCCAGAAGGGCAAGCGCAUCCACGACUCUUGCCACAAGUACUAA